AUGGCGAUACUUCAGCGCCGACUGGCCAUGCGUCCAAGGAUUGCAGUGACUCUGGGCGACCCAGCAGGUGUGGGUCCGGAACUCGUGGCGAAGCUGCUCAGAGAUCGAACGAACCUGACCAAAGCUAAUAUAGUGGUACUGGCGGAUCGUUCUGAAGUGGGGCUUGCUUCGAAACAGGCCGGUGAUACUGUUGUGCCUAUUUCAGAAACCGCCAGCCAGGCCGGAGUACAGAUCUUGGACGAUAACAGUGCUCCAACAACCUCGAUCCCGUUGCAGCAAGCGACCGAAGCAGGCGGUGAGCGAUGCAUACGCCAGCUAAAGCGGGCGCUGGACUUAUGGAGAGCCGGGGAGAUAGAUGGUGUUGGUUUCGCGCCUCUCAACAAAACGUCUCUCAAGAAAGCCGGGAUGACCGAAGAAGAUGAGCUGAGGUGGUUUGCAAAGCAGCUUGGUUAUACCGAUACCACGAGCGAGAUCAACAUCGCUGGACCGCUCUGGACUGCUCGCGUCACGAGCCAUGUAGGCAUCGAAGAGGUGGCAACGAUGGUGACGCAAGAAUCUUCGCUGAAGGCAAUCGAGCUGCUGCACAGAUUAAGAUGGGAGUCGGGAAUCGAACACCCUCGCCUUGCAGUCUGCGCGCUGAAUCCUCACAACGGCGAGAAUGGCAACUUUGGCAGGCAAGAGAUUGAUGCCAUUGCGCCAGCAGUGCAAGAAGCCCAGUCAAAAGGAAUCGAUGUCAAGGGACCAUUUCCCUGCGACACAAUCUUUUUGAAGCGAGCCGACUUUGACGGCAUCGUGACCAAGUAUCACGACCAAGGUCAGAUUGCCUUGGAGCUGCUGUCCUUUGAAGGUGGGGUCACAGUCCAGGGUGGUCUUCCCAUCAUCAUCUCGACGCCGGCUCAUGGUACUGCGUUCGACAUUGUGGGAAAGAAUGUGGCUAGUGUGGUCAGCAUGCAGAAGGCUUUCGAUGUGGCGGUGACGAUGGCGUCAAGACGCCUGGCGAAGCAGGACCAGCCCGACACAGGUGUGUCAUAUGCUGCUUCGUUAUCGGCGAAGGCAUUGGAUCUGGAGAAGAGCUUGCCACAUGUGUCCGCUGUGGAAGUCGCUUCUUGUUGUUGA